AUGUCCUACGAACCUAGUCUCAACCCACUCUCCAUCCGCUGCGAUCGCGAGAUCCCGAUAUGUGGCAAGUGUGCUGAUCUAGGUACCGAUUGCGUCUAUCCAGAGCGUCAGGUACGACAAGUGAAUAAAAGAGUCGCCGGCCAUGGAGCGACAGAUGACACUUUGAACGCUAUUCUCCGACGACUGGAGCGUAUCGAAAAGAGUGCAGGGUCACCAUCCACAACGUCGCCCCAGAGUGGUACCCCUGCCAGUCUUGAAAUGACGCAUCUCCAGUCUGGGACACAGUCUUCGAGGUUAUCACCGAUUGUCAUCUCCAGGGACCAACCCGUUGUUGUAGCACCUGACGCUUCUCAUGAUAGGCACUCAAAAACCAAGAAUGACCUCAAUCUCCAGGCCCUAUCUGUCGAGACAGUUACAGCCACUAUCGACGUACCACCCGAGCUUGCCAAAACCUGGAUACAGCGGUACUUUGAGGUGAUGCCCACUGACAUCUUCCUUAGUCUCGUUGACCGCAGGGUUAUUGAACUACUGCCAGAUAUGAUAGGCUUACCGCAUAUUCGCUUAGACCCAGCUAUUCUUGUGGUAUACUACUACAUAUUACGUAUGGGCUGCACAAUACCAGUUAUAGAUCAAGAACAAAAUGUUCACUUCACUGGAAUACAUUAUGCUAGAAGCAUGUACAUCUGCUGUCUCCGCGCCAUACCGAAUUGGCAGCGAGAGGCUGUAGGAUCCUUAACAGAUCUUGUCGCUGCUACCAUGCUGGUAGGCAUUCCAAUUUCGCUUCAUUUAUCCUACUUCUCAUCAGACUUGCAGACACAAGCAGCAUCAGAUGCACUAGAUCCGCAAUUAAGUGCCCAACUGUUUCAACUUGCCAGCAAGUACGCAAUAGGUCUAGAUCUGCAUAACACAGACAGCCCGAACUAUUUAUCAGGCUUUGGACAAGAUAACAUUGACGAAGUCCGUCGAGGAUUCUGGGAGCUUAUGCAUUACGAGUUCUUUCAUCGACUAGUAUACGACGACCCUCCCACCAUGACGGCUCAGAUGAAGCAAUGGAUAGUGUCCUUACCCUGGCUGGAGUCCUGUAAGCGACCUGUCUCGCAAGAGGUGCCGACUAUCCGGUUCAUCUUCAAGUCGCGUCUUACUUUCAUCCUGGCCGAAUUCUUCAUGCUACUGGAGAACAUCAGUGGGCAUCUUGAAAGCGAAUCGUUCACUCAAGUCCUUGCACUAUGCCAGCAAAUCUAUGACCUCUACAAGGAUUGGGAUAUCGACACCUGGAAAACAAGUUCAAAAGAAGACAAGCUGCAUUCCUGGAUGCUUGCCGAUUUAACAAUCGCUGGCUACACAUGCAUAGUCUUCAUGCUGCACAAGGCAUCGCUUACCACUGCCGAGUUCCCGCAGGAAAUAUCACAGCUCCCCAUAGCUCUGAACGCUUCUAGACAGGUGCUUAAAGCUGGCAACGAACUGCUAAAGCAGUGCCCAUAUGCUGUGACUCUAUACUAUCUGUUCGGUACCUAUCAGGUUGAUGCCGCUUACGCCUGUCUGGUCUCUAGCUUAAUGCGUUUACCUGAAUCUCAUACUGCUCGAGCAGACCUUCGAUUGCUGGAAGACUUCACACGGGAUGUUUCAACCUUGGUAGUGGAAGGUGAGUCUUUCCGGCCUCUCUUGGCUGCCUUGAGAACACUCAAUAGUAGUGUUUAUGAAAAGCUAGACUAG